ACACUCCCCUCGUCGUGACCACGGCAACAUUGGUCAUUUUCCUCCUUCAGCCUUUCUUUCCCUCUCUUUUUACUCAUACCGCUCUCCCACUUAUCGUUCUUUGUAAAUUCAGCUUUCCCGGUUUCCACUUACUUUCAGCAUGUCGCGUGGUCAACAACCCUCGAUACUGUCAUUCUUCCAACCCCGGCAGCAGCAACAACAACCUCAACAUGCCCCUCCCCCUCAAGACUGCGUGAACGGUGCAGCAACAACGGCAAGCGUGCUUCCGAAAACCCCCGUACCACCACCACCACCUCCUCCUCCCUCUUCUCUCACCUCGGCUCCACUGCCGCAACAAGUUCCAGCUCGUCCCGGCCUUGUGCCCGUCACGGCUACUCUCCCGGCCAACAUCCCCGUUCUCCCAUCCCCACCGUCGAUCCCCUCGCAAGCCAGCAUAGUCGCGGUGGCCGAGCACCACAUAGCCGCCCUACGCCGGAUCAAUUCGCUCCUCCUUCAAGUCGCCUACCCAGACGCCUUCUACGCCAAGGUCCUCGAACCGCUUGCCUCAGGUCUCUUCUCGCGCGUCAUCCUCUGGAGCGACGACCCUACUUCCGAGCCCAAAGUCAUUGGCGGCGUCGUCUGUCGGCUCGAACCGAACCCUUUCUUAGAUCCCAACGGGCAACCGCAGGCUCCCCGAAUACAACAAAACCAGUCUGGCCCAUCAGCUCCCGCCGACUACCCUUACCACGCCAUUUACAUUCAAUCGCUCGCCCUCCUCUCCCCCUACCGAUCCCUCGGUCUGGCCGCCGCCGCGCUUGAACACAUCAUCGCUAGCGCCUCGAUUCUGCCAGCCGCGGGCUCUACCAUCGACGUGCGAACCAUCUACGCCCACGUGUGGACCGAAAACGAGGAAGGACUCCAGUGGUACGGACAGCGAGGGUUCCGGACCGAAGGUCGCGACCCAGUGAGGGGGUAUUAUUUCAAGUUACGACCGGACACGGCUUGGAUUGUGCGUAGAGACAUUGGAGAACACGGUCGACAAGCACAAGCACAAGAACCGUUAGGGGCAGCGAACUACUCUUUACCGAAACGAAACCCCAACCGCCUCCUCCAACAACAACAACAACAACAACCCACCGGAAUGAUCAUGGCUUCCAGUGCCACAACCGCCACCGCCUCGGCCACGGCCACGGGCGUCCUAGCAGCUGCUGUCAACCUACCCUCUUUGACUACACCACCACCAAAAUCCCCGGUAGGACCUCCUCCGAGCUCGUCAACAUCAACAUCGGCCUCAACACCAGCCUUGGCCCCUCCCUCGACAACAGCAACAAGGCCACCCCUCAGCCGCCCCUCAACCGGCAUGUCGUACCAAAACACGCGACCGGAAACCGAAUGGAACGACUUGCCGCCGGAGAUGGUCCAGCUCAACGUUCCCGGUAGUGGUUCUGGUGCCGGUGCCAGCGCGACAGCCUCGGGGGCCACUAGUGCGGUUAGCUCGAGGAGUAGUUCGGUGGCGCCGAAGAAGAAGAAGGGGAGGGCGUAUCCUAGUGCUGCUUUUGGGCAGUAGGGAAUGUUGUUUGUCUGACCUUGUAGUACCUUUCGUCUUCUGCCGCCCUCUGAUUGCUACAGACCAAGUAAUAACAACAAACGUAGUGGAGAUGGGAUGGGAGAGAUAUAUGCUGCUAUAGAGGUAAUACUAUUUUGAAAAAG